CUCACAUACACUCGUGACAAAUAAAACUUAUGUAGUUCUCAAAGAACUUCGGCAUAAACACAAAGUAAACUAUAAAUACAACUGAUCAUUGUUAAUUGGUUUCAUUGUAUUCCUAAAUAAGUUGACUUCAGGUAUUACAAGAACCAUUUGACAAAGCAAAGUGAAGUAAUAAGCUGAAGCAUAUCUUUUUCAGCAUCCUUUCGUUAGUCUACCGCAUAUAGUUGGAAAAUAUUCUAAGCAAUCAUCGAAUAACUUGAAGGCGACAGUAAAAGCAGUUACUGACUUUAAACAUGGAUAAAAGGGCAUUAAUACAAAAAUUUCAUGAAAUGGAUAAAAAUGGUGAUGGCUUUUUAACACCUGAAGAAAUUCGCAUCUGUGUUAGGCGUUCCGGUCUACCCGAAUCAACUGUGAAUGAAUUCUUAAAGUUGUUUGAUCUAAGCGGGGACAGUGUCAUCACACUUCAAGAAUAUAGUUGUGCACUUGGUUUGCAACCUCCACCGCCUAAAGACAUUGAACAAUGGAGAAGAACGUUUAAUGAACUUGAUCAAGAUAAAUCAGGACGGCUAUCCGUCGAUGAAAUCAAGAAAGCUUUGCAUGAAUUAGGAUAUCAUAGACUGGCUGAUGGCGAAUUGCAUAGUUGGAUGCAAAGUGUCGAUAAAAAUUAUGAUCAAAUGAUCGAUUUCUCAGAAUUUUGUUCGUUCUUACAUGAAAAUUGGCAAGAUGAGGGAUAAAUUGUCACGGUAUUUUUCAUUUCAAACUUGUGACGUUGAAGAAUGUGUUCACCAAUCCAAAGAUCGAAAAUUAGAAGAGAAUUUGUGUUUGAAAUACAGAGUGUUCAAAUAGUACAGGAAUAAUGCACCUAAUAAAUGAGUUAUGAUUGAAAGUCUUUUAUACUUAUCUGAAGAAAAUGACAUUUACCUUCAAAAUUACCUCCUUUGAAGGUUAACUGAAAUUCUCCAUAUUUUAUGCCUAUGAAUAUGAGACCAAAGCGCGAGAAAAACUUUCAUUUAGA